AUGGAGCUAAACUUAGAAGAAACAGCAGAUCACAGUGGAAAUACUGAAGAAAAAUCGCAAAAAAAUAAAACAGAAAAGGAAGAAGAUCAUGAAGGCGCUCAGCCAGAUAGAGAGCAGACUAUCUUGGAAGAAGGUGUAGGACUUACACAAGAGAGCGCGAACACUGAAGGUGCCGAAAAUGUUUUUUCUUUUUCAUUGGAUAAAAAAAGUCAGGAGAAGCCUCCUGUAGAAGAACCCGCAGUUUUAUCCCAGAACGGCAAUAUGUUUGAAAGAGUGAACGCAAUCGUGUCUAAAUAUGAUAUUGGGUGGCAUGAGAUGUACGAGCUUCCAGAAAUGCCCAACCUGAGAAAAGCCACUUUUAUGUCCAGAAUUGUGCUGGAAUUAGAAGAAAACCCAGACCUCUCUGAUGUGGAUGUUAUACAGAAAGCACUCAGUGCCACCGAAAGCAUCAUCAACACACUCGUGCGAGUUGGGAAGGAAAACGCUGAGAUCAUAGAUGUAAAUGCAUACUACAAAAUUCUAGAUGAAUAUUUUUUGAAUAAUCUAUUAUCUAAUAUGAACAAAGUAGAUGAAUACGUGAUGCAUGACUUAUGCAAGGCAAUAAACGCACACUCGGCUUCCUCAGAGCUCUAUAAAAUAUACGGUCCUCUUAACGGCAUUAAUUAUUCAGAUAUGGAAUGGGGAGACACAACAGGAGCUAAAAAAGCAUUAGUAAGCAAUGACGAGUCUGGUAUGCCCAGAAUAAUCCGAGUGAUGGAAAUACUGAAAAUGCACGGAGGGAGCCUGUCUAGGUAUAACAAAAACACCAAGACAUAUGAGACCAACUUUGAUGCUCUAAACCUGUCAUACGACGACAUGCUGUCACUCUAUAUCUUCGCAAAAGAGGCAGCAUAUGGCAUGAUUCUUAUUGGCAUAAGAAGUAGCAACACAACUUUUUCUUUCCAAAAUGGCUCAGCAGAAGAACAAAUUGCGUUUAUAGAUAAGCUCUUCCGCUUUCUAACCAAAGGAGAAUGGAAAAGGAAAAACGAUGACUGGGCUAAUGAUAUAUCUGCUAUGUUCCAAAUUAAAUACGAAAAUAUGUAUUUUAGAGAUAGCUUAGAAUGCGUGAAAUAUGGAGUAUACCCUUUGGAAAACUUAUAUUGUGGCAAAGAACACCUAAAAGUGUUUAAAUACCAGUAUAAACAGUGGCAUGAUGCAGUGCGUGAUCUCUUUAAAAUAAAGUACGAGAAUAAUAGCCAAAAUCACAUAGAUAAAAUAUUGAGAGAAACAGAAGAGGAAAUAAACAUAAUAUUUCCUGCAGUAACAGCAAGACCAGCAGAGCCAGCAACAGCAACAGGAACAACAGCAGGGCCGAAUGCAGAAGGAACAACAGCAACAACAGCAAAUACAUUCGCCAGACAGCUGAAAAGAAAGUCAGUACUGAAUAUUCAGCUAGCAUGUGUGGUGGUGUUUGUAGUUCUUGUUAUUUUGGUUAAACUGAGUGAGUAUAUCUUACUGAAAAAACUAGAAGUAUAG